CCCACACACACAAAUAAACACAACAAACACACACAUACAACAACAACAACACACACAAACCUCACCAGCUACACAACGCACAAACCCCUGGCUCUCACGCGCGACGGAGCAGCGAACAUGACGCGCAGGAAGCGCUCUGGGGAGCACACGGUGGAGGAGCUGGAGUCGGCGGUGGAGCAAGGCACCUGGGAGAGUGACAUGCAGCCCCGGCGCACCUCCGCCCGUCUCACCCGCGCCGCCUCCAUGCAUGCAGACAUCAUCUUCCACUGCGAAGACUCUGCAUACACGACACGGCGCUCAGUCCGCACCCAGCAGAAUGGCACUCCUAAAAAAUACCCUUUGAGAGGGACGCGCUCACUCUCUGAGUCAGAUCUGCCUGCAGAGCCCCCUCCAGAAUUGAAAACUCCUGUGGAGAGGGAGCGAACGCCUCCGCGCACACCGGAGGAGAUCGCUGGCCUCUCCGAGUCGGAGGUGGAGGCAGCGAGUCCUGGUCAGGACUUUGCAGACCGAGGCACGCCGUACCACGAGCUCUCCGGCCAUCUCACCAACCGGCCCAAGCGCAGGCGAUACCACGAAAGCUACAACUUCAACUCCAAGUGUCCCACCCCGGGAUGCGACUCCCUCGGUCACCUCACUGGGAAACACGAACGACACUUCUCCAUUUCAGGGUGUCCCCUGUACCACAACCUCUCUGCCGAAGAGUGCAAGUUGAGGGCUCAGCAGCGUGAAAAGCAGGAGAGAACUCUAGCACACAAGCAACUGGAAAACAACCGCCACUUCACGAGGCAGCAGGCAUCGCCAAGCAAGCAGCAGCGCUUCAAGGAGAAAGUAGUUGAGCUGCGCAAGCGUCGCUCAACUCCUCCGGCUGAGCAGAAAGAGAAAAUAGUGGAAAAUCCACGAAGUCAAGAAAAUAGCCGAGAACCCCUUUUGCAGGGCCUCACCUCGGACUACGACCUGGAACUGUUCCGCAAGGCCCAAGCACGGGCGUCGGAUGACUUGAUGACUGUGCCUGUUCAGGAGAAGAUGCGGCUAAAGGGUCACCUUACGGAGGGGACAAACAUGAUCAAGUCAAUAGUGUUUGGCCGCUACGAACUAGACACUUGGUACCACUCGCCAUACCCUGAAGAGUAUGCACGCCUGGGCCGGCUUUACGUGUGCGAGUUCUGCCUCAAAUACAUGAAGAGCCAGACCAUUCUGCGGAGGCACACGGAGAAGUGUGUAUGGAAGCAUCCCCCUGGAGAUGAAAUCUACAGGAAGGGAACCAUUUCAGUGUUUGAGGUGGAUGGCAAGAAGAAUAAGAUCUACUGCCAAAAUUUAUGUCUCCUGGCCAAGCUUUUCCUCGACCACAAGACACUCUACUAUGAUGUGGAGCCCUUCCUUUUCUAUGUAAUGACGGAGGGUGACAACACAGGCUGCCACAUCAUAGGAUACUUUUCAAAGGAAAAAAACUCGUUCUUGAACUACAAUGUUUCCUGCAUCCUGACAAUGCCACAGUUUAUGAGGCAGGGCUAUGGAAAAAUGUUGAUUGAUUUCAGCUAUCUGUUGUCCAAGGAGGAGAAUAAGAUCGGUUCACCGGAGAGGCCCCUGUCCGACUUGGGCCUCAUCAGUUAUCGAAGCUACUGGAAGGAGGUGCUGCUGCGAUAUCUUCACGCUUUCCAGGGCAAGGAGAUCUCGAUUAAAGAAAUUAGCCAGGACACGGCAGUCAACCCGGUGGACAUUGUGAACACGUUACAAGCCCUGCAGAUGCUCAAAUACUGGAAAGGGAAACAUCUUGUGCUCAAAAGACAGGAUGUAAUUGAUGACUUUUUGGAAAAAGAAGCCUCAAAACCAGUCUCCAACAAAGUAAUCGACCCUGCAAGUCUAAAAUGGACACCCUCAAAGUGCAGUUAAUUUAUGUUUUUUUAUGCCAUUGUAGUUUGAAAUUUUUUACUUAGUUUUUAGUGGUGAGCAUUUCAGAUUGGUUUGUUAACAAGCAUUUGUUUUUUACGCACAGUUGUAUUUUUACAUUUUAACGAAUUGGUGAUAUGUAUUCAUACGGUUUGGGUAAUAUUGGUUGUGGUUUGUUUUAAUUCCAUGCCUUGAAAUAUUUUCGUUGUUUUGUUUACUUGAACUUAUUAAUGUUAUUAAUUUGUUUUUUUUUUACAAGUAUCCAACAUGUAUUAUACUGUAUUCCCUUGAAAAGUUAAUGGUCCUUUUACCGAGGCUUUAAAAAAUUGGUCCAUUGGCAGUUUCAGUUAUUAAUGUUCUUUCACCUCAGAGACAUUAACUGUCAUGUCAUGUUAGAUGGAAACACUGACUGCAUUCUGUGGAUUGAAAACAGUGUUCAACUCUUGGUAAAAAUUGUCUGCAAAAAAAAACUAAGAACAUUUAAAUUUAAAUGUUAUCGUGCAAAACAUGUCCGAGUCAAAAAAGACCUAUAUUAAAUAGCCUUUCCAAAGGCUAAUGUGGAAUAUAAAACUUGCCUUAAGUCACAUUAAUUCUUAAACAUUUUAACCAAACUACAUGUGUUAUGGUGAUAAACCACAACUGCCAAACUUUAGAACACUGGUGUGUUAGUUGUAACAUUUAUUUUUAAAAAUGUGUGUAAAGUUUGAAGACUGAAAUUUAGGAGUAAUAAAUUCUCCAGUUUAAAAGUGAUAGCUUUUAUUUGCGUAAUCUGGACAGAACAAAGCACAUCACUCAGGCAUUGCAAAGUGGUUUGGCAAAUGUUGAGUUGUGUGAGCCAGUAUUGAUGUCUGGUGUUCGGAAACUGGCAUCUUUAAUCUCCUGCAUUAAACAUUGAGUGGACAAACACACGCUGUCAAGUCCCAUGCAUACGUUUUAUGUGGAGUAGAGAGAAAAAAACGUGUAGAUUUGAAGUGUACAUAAGGCAGUUCUCCUGUAUUUAAAUUCUAAGUGUAUUUUUCAGGCAGCUAUGAAAUAUUGUGGGUUGCUGUGUAGCGCUUACACAAAAAUAAAAUCCUUGCGUUCUUUUUUGUUGUUGCAAAAUGCAGAGAAGCAGCUGCUUUGUGCAUACUUCCUUGACUAACAAAUCAGGACAGUGACUCACUGUCAAAAUGAAAUACUACUUCACAAACGCACAGACAGGAAACACAAUCUAACACUGCCUUCCCAUGGUACAGACAGAAUGCGUUUGCCGUUAAGGAUUCUACAGCUGUAAACUCGCCCAAGCAUCAAAAUGAGUGACCUCGACAGUAGGGCAAGCAUUAAAACAGUUGCCAAGCAGGUUUUUUUCAUCAAUUUUUUUCUAUGGAAGAGACCUUGUACUCAGCUGUGAUAUCUUUGCAGGUUGUACUCUGUGUUGUUUGGCAUGAAAUCUGACACUUUGCUGCACGUGCUGGGAGCUUCGACAGGAACGCCUGAAAAAUAUUCCAGCACGUGGAGCGAAGCAUCGGACAUCGUACCAAGCAACGCACGACACCACCUGGAAAUGCAUUGGAGAGUAACGAGGCACACCGUGAUAAAAUACACAGUCGUAUUGAACUACUGCGGUUGGUUACUUUAAACUUGGAACAGCUCAUCACUCGUUCUGUUUUGAAUAUGAUCCUGGGAUGUGUGCCGUUGUCUUACAAGGAACGCUACACGUCGACCAAACCAUGAGAUCAUAGCUCAUCGGAUUCCUCCAAACUAAAUAAAGAUUCUGAUUGUU